UAAUACUGUGCUUUAAUAGGACGGAGAAAAUUAUAAUUAUUGAGCAAAAAUAAUUCAACUAUCAUAAAUUACGAGAGCACUCCACUGUUUAAAUUUGACAGCCAAUUAUCCAAUUUUCUCAAUAAAAAGCUGUUGAAUAUCGAUUUAACAAAUAUUUUAAAUUUCGGAUAUUGAUUGAGACCAAAUUUUCUAACAAACCUUAAAGAAAAAUGCCGUUUAUUAAUAGAUUUCAGAAAGAUAAAAUUGCUAGAUCGAGAAAAAUUGAGGAAUCAACUUUAAAAAAUGGUUUGCGACAUUGUAUUUUUAAUACAGUACGUGAUAGAUAUGUAGGAGAAUGGAAAGCAAAUAAAAAAACAGGUAAAGGGGUUAUGUUGACAAGAAACAAAGAUUUAUACGAGGGCGAUUUCAACAAUGAUUACAGACACGGUUUCGGAGUUUUAGCUUAUCACCUUCCAAAGUAUAACGUUUUUUCUCUAACAUACCGAGGCGACUGGAAGAAUGGAAAAAUGCACGGAGAAGGACUUAGAGUGUAUCCAGGUAUUGGAUUUUACAUAGGAAAUUUUAAAAAAAGCAAAAGAAGCGGUUAUGGACAAAUGUGGUACGACUGUGGAGCUUUUUAUGAUGGGGAUUGGGUGGAUGAUCUUAGGGAAGGUUUGGGAUUGUAUGUCAGAGAAGACGGUAAUAGAUAUGAAGGAUCAUGGUAUAAAGAUUUAAAACACGGUACAGGAAGGUUUUAUUUUCUAAAUACGGGGCAAAUACAGAUAGGAGUUUGGGAAAAGGAUUUUUGUGUAUUCAGUACUAUGCUGAAUUUACCAUACAGGCAAACUGCUAAGUUACCAACCGUAUAUCCAUUAUUGAACAAUACGUUGAUUCAUAUGGACAAGAUUAUUGCCGUUGAAGAAGUGAGAGCUUUAUCAGGAAGAAAAGAAAUUUGUCUAGAAAGUGAGAUUAGCCUACCGUCAUUCGUUUCAACAUAAAAUAAACGCAGUUUUGAAAAAAUGUCUCUUGUACUGUACUUGUUA